CUGCUCAGAUCAAGAGCAUGGUGAACCAGCUGGGGACCAGACAGGACACCAGUGAACUCCAGGAUCGUCUGCAGCAGAUACAACACUAUACCAACCAACUGGCAAAAGAAACCAACAAGCACCUGAAAGACUUGGGAUCAAUACCUUUGCCUUCAUCACCCUCAGAGCAAAGGCAGCAAAAGAUCCAGAGGGACAGACUGAUGAAUGAUUUCUCAGCAGCUCUCAACAACUUCCAAGGAAUCCAGCGGCGUGCAGCAGAGAAGGAGAAGGAGUCUGUAGCCAGAGCAAGAGCUGGAUCUCGCCUAUCAACUGAAGACAGUUCUCGGGAUGAAAAGCUUGUGUCUUUUGAUAACCAAGAGGACUGGGGUCAGAUGACCACCCAGACAGAGGAGGUGGCCAUCACAGAGGAGGACCUGGAGCUCAUCAAAGAGAGAGAAACCAACAUCAGACAGCUGGAGUCUGACAUCAUGGAUGUAAACCAGAUCUUCAAGGACCUGGCCGUGAUGAUCCACGAUCAGGGAGAAAUGAUUGACAGCAUUGAGGCAAAUGUGGAGAAUGCUGAAGUUCAUGUAGAACGAGGAACAGAGCAACUCCAGAGAGCCGCCUACUACCAGCAAAAGUCCCGGAAGAAGAUGUGUAUCCUUGCUAUGUACCUGCUUGGAAUCAUGAGAAGAACAAGAAGAGGCUGAUCACUUCACCAAGGUCAGCAGAGGAGAUCUAUGCAGAGGGAUAGUCAAUGUGGAAAACAUUUCAUCUGAACUGAUCAAGCUUAUUUUUGAAAAAUAGCUGAAAAAAGUCCCUUUUUUAAACUGAGAUGAAGGAGAGGAUGGAGGACUGAGGUAGAGUAGGGGAGUUAUUUAAGAGAUGAGAUUCCUUAAUUUGCUUUAUUCACUCAUUUCUUCUGUUAUUUACUGCACUAACACUAGAUGUUACAGUAUUUCAAAUGUUAAAAUGUUAUUGGCAAUUAUUUGAGAACAGGCAUGGUCGGGGGAGGGAGGAGAUUGUGCAAAUUUGUGGUUUUUAGGGGCUGUAAAUAUUUUUUUGUUGCCUGUUGUUGUGGCAUGUUCUGAUGUAAUGUGUGUGUAGUGCCACAGGACCCGCUGUGGCUCCUGACCUUCACAGUAACAUUACAUGGGACCUAUUUAACUUUUGGUGAUGAUGGCAGCCGUGGUUGUAAAAUACAUAUUGUAAAAUGAACAGAUUACCCAUAUGAAUCAAAUUUUGUCUGUAAAUAUUGUGCUGCAUUAUAUUCUGCUAAGAACAUUGUGGAAGAUGAAUAAUUAAUCUCAGAAAUGAAUCCAGUCUCAAACCAAAACAUUUUUAAAUUAAUUUCUAUGACUCCCAGUAUCCAUAAUAAAUGUAAUAAACACUUCUGCGUGCUCAGAGUAAAAUUUUGUUCUUAAAGGUAAACUAAGGUUUAUUACAAUUUGCAUUUUAUUUUUUAUGAUUUUACCCAUAAUUUCAUCAGUUAUGAUGAUUUUAAACUCGCCAAAGUAAAUGCUAAGAUCUGGAAACAUGCAUCAUCAAUAAAAAAUGGCUCCAAUGGGUCAAGAAACACUGCAUAAAUGUUUUGUUAAGACUUGGUUUCAGUUCACAAAUAACAUCAGAGAGCUGUCCUUGGUGAGUUAGGACUGAGUGACAAGCAGAUUGCUCUUACACACACAGACAGACAAGAAAAUAUAUAUUUAGGAAAUGUAUAUUGAGAAUAAUCUGUAUACGGGCCAACACACUAGUCACACAAGUAAAGAUCCAAUUUGUGACAUAAUUAAAGCAUAACUGAAAUCAAAUGUUCGCAUGAUUGAUAUUACAGUAUGUUGGCAAGGCUGUGAAAUAUAAGAAUUCUGGUGAGUUUGAAAGAACUAUAUUCAGACAAUAUGUUUGAUAUGAAAAAUUGUGUAUUUCCAAAUUAAAAAAUGUAAACCUUUCUAAUUAAAGGAAAGGAUAUAUGGAGAA